GAACAUCGUGGACGCGUAAUUGAUACAUCGGAAAAAGUAUUCGCACGCAAUACAGUAUCUUAAGGACGCUUGCGCGCGAAUCUAACACGUGGCGAAGGAACGGAGCUUUUCUACGAACGUUUGUCGAGAACUUGCAGUCGUGCGUGCUUUCGCCCUCGAGACGCGUCCUCUCGAUAACUCUCUUCCAAUUCGCACUUUCAAUCGAACAGAAUACGCGAUGAUACUUUUAAAUCGAUGCCCGUGACUGGACAAUAAAAAUCCACCGCGAAGGCCGCGUCGAUAUUUCGGAGAUCAAGAACAAAUUAAUGGAGAGUACAAAGCAUCGACGAAAGAAGUUAUCUCCUAUCUUUCUGGAACUGAAAUAAUUCGUUGACGUACGUUUAUGUGGCUCGAGUGUGAAUAUAUUCGGUGAGAAUUUGUUCCCAAAUAUGUUUUCGAAUGUGAUCUAUCGUUGUUGCACGAUGACAACGCGAGAGGAGAGUCUGAACGAAAAUAGAUGCAAAAACAAGAGCGAUUGAGCUGUGAAUGACCGGCUCGGAGUAGUCCAAACAAGAAUUUAAUCUAUUGGUAUUCAGUGUAAAGAGACUUGAAUUAGGAUGAGCAAGGAAGGGAACGAGGAAGGUCCUCAGGAUAAAGGUGCUGGCGGCGAGGCUCUGAAGAAAGAUUCGAGCGCGGACAUCUAUGAAAAUCGAGGGAGCAAGAAACUCGUACGUUUGGUUACCGUGCUGGCAUACAUGUUCUCCGUAAGUUUCGUGGCCAUAGUUUUGAGCGCGUACUACUUGUUCCUCUGGGAACCACCCAAUCCGAAACUUUUACGAAGGCCGGUUCAUUUGUCCAGCGAGCCGGAAAUACAAUUCUUAUUGAGCGAUCCAUCGAUCGUGUCGAAUCAGUCCAACGAACUCGAGCAAACGCUCGUCGGUCGUGUCGUCGACGAUCACGGUCAUGUAACAAAAAAUCGUGGCAACUUGAACGAUUCUAUGGUCGUAUUAAGAAAUUCUCUGAUAGAGUUUUUGCGAAACAAAAGUAACGAUUCGAAGGAUCGAGAUCCUCGUCGAAAAAGUUCGGGAGAUCCCAGUUUCACCGAGCACGCUUCGCUCGUGAAAGAAGAAGGAUUGAAUUUGGCGGAAAAGUCGAGCGAAGGAAGUGCAAGGUUCGUAGCAAGCUUGGAGAACAACGUUGAAAGUGAGAUGAUAAACAAGGGGAUACCUUCAUCGAGAAUUAAGAACGAAGAAAGUACAAUUGAUGGCAACGGUACGCCUUCGACAUUGAACUCUUGGACUAUUUCUGGAAACGAAGAAUCGAGUAAGAAUCGUUUAACGGAUGCCAUCAACAGCACCAUGUACGGGUCGCAAGAUGUGUAUCGGUCGAAUCGGAAUUUGACAAAACAUUUAACCGUAUACCGAGAAAAGAGGAAAAAGUACAUUCCAACGAGCCCUCGAGCAAAGGUAGGAACAGCUAUUACCGAAAGCGGUGUAAAAAUUGAACCGAAGACCGUUGAAAAUGCUUCUAAAUAUACUACGGAUGUCGAAGUGCCGGAAAGCUCCAAAUUAAAUACAUUUAACGGAGGAUUUACAAGUACCGUCGAAACGACCACGAUAAUUAACAAAUCCGAUGUUAUUAUGACAACUAGGGAUAAACAAGAUCCCGAAACGCAAAGAAGCAAAGAUAGCGCCGUUCUGGGAAUAGAGGACCGAGUAAAGGUGAUUUUUUCUAGACGUGAAUCGAGGAUGCAGCUGCCGCGUAAAAUGAGCGCUCAAAACGUGAAUCCAGAGAAAUCUAACACAGACCUGACAAGCGUUAUCAAUACGCCAGGGAAUCGCGAGCAUAAGGCGGCAAGCAAUGAAAUUCGAUUCGCUGGCGACGAAAGGAAAGACAAGCUGUACGAGCCAAAGCAUAAACAAAAAUUGGUACGCGUGUUGACGGUGGUGGCGUACGUUAUAUUUGUUAGCAUGGGAGCUAUUCUGCUGUCUUUGUACUAUACUUUUUUGUGGGACCCUAAAGACGUGUCAGUCAAGCCGAGAGCGAAGUUGGAUUGUGCCAAUACGUAUAUCCCGAAUACUCUCACCAUUCCCUCCAAUGUGAACGAAACGCAAAUAGAAAAGAUGACAAAAUCGAUGUCCCAGGGAAACGAACGAUCGCCAGUACCAGAAAUCAUAACUACUCCGAGAACCACUCAACGACAAAAGGACUUGUUAACGAUUUUAACAGAAUCUACCGAGAUAUAUUCAAGUCUUUCACCGGCAACGACAUCGGAACUUUCUCAGACAAAUUUUAGUACAACGAACAGCAGAGAGAUACUCGCUAAAAAUCGUUCAGAAAGUACUUCGUAAAUUAUUAAAAAU